CUGACUGGUUCUUCUGAUGUUGUUCACACAGGAGACCAUGUUGAGCCAUUCUCUAUAUCCAGAGACCAACAGCAGGAAGAUCACAGAGCUAAGAGGUCUCACAACUGCCCACAUUGUGAAGAGAUUUUCUCAAUUUUCUCAAAACUAAAAAUACACCUAAAAAUACACACAGGAGAGAAUCAGUAUUCCUGUACUGACUGUGGGAAGAGAUUCACAACAUCAGGGAAUCUGACGGUUCAUCAGAGAGUACACACUGGAGAAAAGCCUUACUCCUGCUCUGACUGUGGGGCGAGUUUCUCUCGACUGGGCCACUUAAAAACACAUGAACAUAUACAUACAGGAGUGAAGCCUUACUCCUGCUCUGAUUGUGUAAAAUGCUUCACAACAUCAGCUGAGCUAAAAGUUCAUCAGAGAACACACACAGGAGAGAAGCCUUUCUUCUGCUCUGACUGUGGAAAGAGUUUCUCUCAACUUUCCCACUUAAAAACACAUGAACGUAUACAUACAGGAGUGAAGCCUUAUUCCUGCUCUGACUGUGGAAAGAGUUUCUCUCUACAGUGCAACUUAAAAACACAUAAACGUAGACAUACAGGACUGAAGCCUUACCCCUGCUCUGAAUGUGUAAAAUGCUUCACAACAUCAACUGAGCUAAAAGUUCAUCAGAGAACACACACAGGAGAGAAGCCUUACUCCUGCUCUGACUGUGGAAAGAGUUUCUCUCUACUGAGAACCUUAAAAACACAUGAACGUAUACAUACAGUAGUGAAGCCUUAUUCCUGCUCUAACUGUGGAAAGAGUUUUUCUCAACUGGGCCACUUAAAAACACAUGAACGUAUACAUACAGGAGAGAAGCCUUACUCCUGCUGUGACUGUGUAAAAUGCUUCAAAACAUCAGCUGAGCUAAAAGUUCAUCAGAGAACACACACAUCAGAGAAGCCUUGCUCCUGCUCUGACUGUGGGAAGAGUUUUUCUCGACUGGACCUCUUAAAAACACAUGAACGUAGACAUACAGGAGUGAAGCCUUACUCCUGCUCUGACUGUAUAAAAUGCUUCACAACAUCAGCUGAGCUAAAAGUUCAUCAGAGAACACACACAGGAGAGAAGCCUUACUCCUGCUCUGACUGUGGAAAGAUUUUCUCUCAACUGGGCCACUUAAAAACACAUGAACGUAUACAUACAGGAGUGAAGCCUUACUCCUGCUCUGACUGUAUAAAAUGC